ACCAGCAAGGACCGCGCUUCCGGGAGUCUGGUGGGAGGGGCAAAACCACCGCUAGCAAGUUUCCACGCCUUUCUUCUGUUACUUCAUGAACAUGGCUGGCAGCGCCUGGAGGUCACUGAUCUCUCGUGUGGCAGGGGCAAUCACUACACCAGAAUAUGGAGCCAGGCAGCUUUCUAAUCAUGUGCACACUGUCACUCUCAUACCAGGGGAUGGAAUUGGCCCAGAGAUUUCAGCAGCUGUCAUGAAGAUUUUUGAGACUGCCAAAGCUCCUGUACAGUGGGAAGAGAGAAAUGUUACAGCAAUUAAAGGGCCUGGUGGAAAGUGGAUGAUUCCCCCUGAAGCCAAAGAAUCCAUGGAUAAGAACAAGAUGGGAUUGAAAGGACCUUUAAAGACACCCAUCGCUGCUGGGCAUCCGUCCAUGAACUUGCUGCUCCGCAAAACAUUCGAUCUCUAUGCAAAUGUGCGUCCAUGUGUUUCCAUUGAGGGAUACAGAACCCCUUACACAGAUGUAGACCUGGUCACAAUCCGUGAGAACACAGAAGGAGAAUAUAGUGGAAUAGAGCAUGUGAUUGUGGAUGGUGUGGUGCAAAGUAUUAAGCUUAUUACAGAGGAAGCCAGCCAUCGCAUUGCACAGUUUGCCUUUGAGUAUGCAAGGAACAACCAGAGAAGCACAGUGACUGCAGUGCACAAAGCUAAUAUCAUGAGGAUGUCUGAUGGGCUGUUCCUGAAAAAUUGUCGAGAAGUUGCAGAAAGUUUUAAAGACAUUAAGUUUAAUGAAAUGUACCUGGAUACCGUGUGUCUUAAUAUGGUCCAGGAUCCUACUGAGUUUGAUGUGCUAGUUAUGCCAAACCUCUAUGGUGACAUAUUGAGUGACCUUUGUGCAGGUCUAAUUGGAGGUCUGGGAGUGACACCAAGUGGAAAUAUCGGUGCUAAUGGGGUAGCAAUCUUUGAAUCGGUUCAUGGCACAGCCCCAGAUAUUGCUGGAAAAGACUUGGCAAACCCCACUGCUCUCCUCCUAAGCGCAGUCAUGAUGCUGCGGCACAUGGGUCUCCACGAUUAUGGGCGCAAGAUAGAAAAUGCCUGUUUUGAGACAAUCAAAUCUGGCAAGGCUCUGACUAAAGACUUGGGUGGUAACGCCAAGUGCUCUGAAUUUACCAAUGAAAUCUGCCGCAGAAUACAGGACAGCGAUUAGCUUUGUACUUCUUCAUUUACUGUCAGAAUGGUCAACUGAAUUGACAAGCACUUAACUUCCUGCUGUCUUUGAUAUCAUGCAUCAAUGCUUUAUCUUCUUCACAGCAAACCAAAAGCCCUGCUAUGCAUGGCCUGCUACUCUAGUAGUGUCUAUAGGCUUCUCUGGCAGUGAAAUAUUUCAGUGGAAUCUCAUAUUAUCAAUGCAGCAAUCCAUAAUUAGAAUCAAUGCAGCAAUACUGGUUAGAUUUAAGGGUUUAUACAUAUUCUGACCAUUGUAUUUUUGUCAAUUACGCAGCUUUUACCAAGGCCAGUUUUGUGAUGUAUCUGUAUGCUGAGCAUUCCCUUUCUCAUCGCACACAGAAUUUGUUGUAUUUAAGAGACUUUAAUUUUGGCACAAGAACAUACAGUAUAGUAUAUCCAUGGAUAUAGCACAACCAAACAUGUCCUACCCCUGUAUAACUUUACUGCUGUAACAAGAAAUGAUUUGUAUUACUGAUGCAGUUAGGAAUAUUGUCUGAUUACAGCUCCCUCUCUGCACAUAAGAUCUUUCAGUGGUUUCUCAUUAUCAACUGAUCCACCAGCAGAAGGUGCUGCUAAGCAGCAAUGCCAGAACCUGAAGUAACUGUUAUAAAUGUCAUGUUCAAGCCUUAAACUUUGUAAUUCAAAAGUUAUAUUUAUUUAUAAUUUCACUCCAUUCUUCCAUUGUUUGGAGGUACCUUUCUUGUUAUUUUCUGAUUAUGCACUUAUGUUAUGUUUUGCAUUUUCAUUAAAUGUGCAGUCAAAGAGACAUUUGAAUGUCCAAA